AGCCUAUUUAUCAUUAAUGGGCCUUAAUAGAAAAUAAAAGCAUGUAUAAAGCUUUUUUCUUAUAUUAUUAUCACUGCUUCUUCUCACUCCCGUCGUUGUACCGCAGCCGUCGCGUCACCGUCCGUCAAACAUAGUGUAUUGUGAAGAGUGAGAAGAUGGGGGACAAGAGGAAGAAGACGUUCAUGUUCAUCCGUCUAGUGUCAGCUGCUGGAACUGGAUUCUUCUAUGUGAAGAGGAAGAGUAGCAAGGGACUUCUUGAGAAGCUUGAGUUCCGCAAGUACGAUCCUCGUGUCAACCGCCAUGUCCUCUUCACUGAGCAGAAGAUGAAGUGAUCUUUUUUGUCUGCUGUGUGUGUUUCAUUGCUUUCCAAUCUCUUUGCAAGUAGUAUUGUUACUAUUCAAUCAAACAAGUUCUUAAUCAACAUUGAGGUUUAGACUUUGUAAGUUUCAGUUUGAGUAUUGCUUUUGACUCUUAAAACUAAAUAAAGAAAGUUGGUCUC